CGCUACUUGCGAACGACACACUGAAACGCAAAGGCAUCCUACAGCAACUCUAUUCGUGAGAAAACAUCGCUACGAGAAAGGUAACUGAGAAAACAAUCCUUUAUGGAACGUCACAGACUCAAGAUGGUUGUAAAUGGAAGUUUACUGCAUGAAAAUCUCCCGAUACGCCGAUAUAGUUUUAGAUCACGAACCAUUUACUUUUAUACCUAUGAGAAAUGUGGCUUACUUAAGAAGAGAAAAAGUGGUGCUCUGAACUGCCUGAUAUCUGGGGAACGCUCAAGUCACGUCGCUAAGACAGAAAGCGUCACUCCCGAAUCGAUAAACGUGCAGUCGACUUCUGACUUACACUUGCUGAAUCCAGUCGUAUCCCAACAUUGCUUCCUUCCACUGCAAAGACAGUAAGUACUAUACAUCGUCGGCAUACGUGCAAUACAGACAAAUUUCAAAGGUAUAAAUAAGCCUGAAAAUAAAGUGUGAAAAAAGCCGUGGCCCCGGGGAUGCUUGCCUUUAAUGAUGCGUCAAUAAAAAUAAACUUUUGGAGCUGAAACACAGGAAAGAAAUUCAAGUGAAAACAAUUUAGUAUACAUCGGCAUUUUCUUCACUUACGUUUUGAUAUACCUUAGUGUUUCGAAGCGAUACUUUCACAAAUGAACGCACAGUACUCUGAGCAGAGUUAACACCAGGCAUGGGGUAAUUGUAAUCGAUUAGGUACAAUCGAUUACAGUUUUUCAAGUAAUCAUAAUCGUAAUCGAUUACCCUCUUUUUUUUUAAGUAAUCGUAAUCGUAAUCGAAUACAUUGAAAAUGUAAUGGUAAAUAGCUACAAUAAUUUUCAUGUUAAUAGAGUCGUUUAAGAUAAGGACCCAAGGCAGACGUGAGGCAUGAACUGGCGAUUCUGGGAAUGGAUCAACGUGUCUGGCGGGGCGCCGUAAACAUCCUUUAACACCCUGGGGCGUCUGGGGAGAUCGCGGAGGGCCAUGCAGUCCACCCGGCUCAGUGCGUGGCUGUGGUGGCAGGGCAGGCGCGGGGGCUGGAGCGGCCGCACUAUAUGGUGCUGCCUGCUGGGGGCCUGGAUGCUGCUGGUGACGACUCAGGUGGUGGUGCUGCAGACACGCCCGUACAUCGUCCACCCGGCCCUGGCGCGGGAAUGCUACCCAGGGGGCGGCGGUAGGGGUCUGCAGCUCGCGAACACCUGCUGCCGCAUGCAUAACUACACCGGCCAGAACGUGACCACUUGUGCUGAGAGGAUCCGCGCCGCCGCAGCCCACAAUCCAAGAGGCAGACACCCACGGUCCGCCGCCACGCCCAGCACCAGCAUCCACAGCCCUAACGAGUACCUUAUCAGCUUCUACCGCGCCGCCUCCCGCGCCUCAUCCAACAGCUCUUCGUCGCCCGGCUCGCCCCUCCCUCUGGACAGCGCGAGGGCCCCAGCAAACAUUACGUGGGCGGUGGUGGGGGACUCCCGCGUGAGGCAAGUCUUCAGCGGCCUGGUGACGAGACUCGCCUCGCCCAGACUCCGGUACAAGAAGCCCUCCACGCUGGGUAAGUGGCGCAGCAUACACGAGCUGACUGAGAGUCUGCGAACGGGGAAGCUCCACGAGGACAUUGAGGUGUACCAUCUGGAUGCCUCGCUGAGACUCGUGUUCUACUGGGAUCCAUUACUGACACGUCUGCCACAGCUUCUCCGCCAGUGGGAGGACAACACUAAGCACCGCCCAGCCCUCUUACUGAUAGGAUCAGCCCUCCACUGGAUGAAGUCAGCCAUCUCACCCUCACCCCCCAAGAGCCCCCAAUUGCCGGUCCCCACCCUUGGCAGGUACAGGCAGCACAUGCUCUCCUUCCUGCCCCUCCUGGCACAGCAGGCAAAGACAAUACAGACCAUCUUGCUUCUGCAAGAUCAUGUGCUUGAAUCCCACAUCUUCAAGGAGUACCACAACAUUUACUCCAACAACAACAUCGACCAGUACAACACCUUCCUCUCCUUCUACAUCACUGGCACUGACAUCAUACUGUGGGACAGCAACAUUCCCUUCUCAGACAUGUAUCACAAACAGUGCAAACACAACCACAGGAAAACGUACGACAUGACUUGGAACUGUGCCGACCCGAUGCACAGUGGGUACGUAAUUGUGGAAAAGUAUGUUGACAUGCUAAUGAAUGACGUUUGUAACCCAUUUUUAGAUCUGGAAGCUGGCUACUGCUAGUAAAAUUGUAAAUGUUGUGCUGACUUUGGAGCUGUACAUUUUUGCUUUCUGAAUGAGUGUAAUGAAUAAAAAAUUAAAAAUAUGGAGUUAUGCAAUUAUCCUUAAAAAUUAUUUCAUGUUUGAUUCAUCCAUUUCAAAUAGAUUUUUAAAUUUAGGAUAAUUCAUUGUUUUAAAAGCAAUGGUGAUCUUUUGAGGAGGAGGUACUGAGCUUCAGUAACAUUCUAAAAGAUCACUCACUUGCCAC